AUGGAUUCUAACAACAAUCACAAGGAGCCAUGGGAUUGGCAUGGAGAGGAUUAUUGUCUGCAGAAUACAAUCCCAAAUUUCGAUAUUUCGGAGGAGCUGUGGAAUGAUGUGCCUCAAAAUGGAGAAGAUCUUUCCUACAUGUUUGAUGCUGAAACAACUCCGGUUAAGGCUUGCGGUGAUUUGGCAUAUAAUGUCAAUAAUGGGGAUUCAAAUUCAAGUUAUAUUCAAAAGGAACAACUAGAGGAUGGUAGGGAGACUUCUCAAGUUAAGAGGCGGCGGAUGCUACAGUUUGACAGCCAAGAGAGUGACAAUUCUCUUUCCAACAUGGAGAUGCCUGCACCAUGUUUUAAAAAUGGGAAAGACGACUCAAUGAAGGAUAUUUUUCCUGAAGUGUCACAAUGGAUGUCUGGUGCUCCAGAAUAUACAUUGGAAAACAUAGACCUUGAAGCAACUGAAGGGUGGCUUACUGAAUACUUAAAUGAUGCUGAGAUGCAAUUCAGUCCUGAAGAUUUGAAUUUCUUAGGAGCAGAUGAUGUGCAUAUUGAUGUUGCAGAGUUAUGUAACAUCACACCGUCGCAUGAACAGCAUGAACAAAAUAUGGUUCCACCGAAUGUCACUGGAGUCUCCAAAAAUGUUGUCUUCAAAGGCAAGAAAUCUUUUAUAAGGACACCGACAAAGCUGGCUUCUACUGUGGCAUAUCCAUUUGCCUUCAUUAAACCAAGUGGUGCCCAUGGAGAUGUUACUCUGAAGGAAAUCAAUCAGCGCAUUCUGACCCCUCCUUCAAAAUCAAAGCAAAGCAGUGACGAUCCGUCCGCUUAUCCUAAAUCUGCCUUCUCAGGAAAGCCUGUGGUUGGCAAAACAAAAAUCCGCACCGAAGGAGGAAAAGGCAGCAUCACAAUCAUGAGAACUAAAGGCUAA